AUGUCCGAACAAAGAACAUUAGAACGUGAAGAACCAAACUAUUUUGGUGCUGGUCCAGCAUUGUUACCAACUUCUGUCUUACAACAAGCCGCAUACGACUUGAUUGCCUAUGAAGGUGACAACAUCGGUAUUGGUGAAAUUUCUCAUCGUUCUAAACCAGCUAUUAAAGUGAUUGAUGAUACCAAGGCCAAUUUAACCAAAUUAUUGAAUAUCCCAGAUACUCAUGAAGUUUUCUUUAUGCAAGGUGGUGGUACUACUGGUUUCUCAUCAAUUGCCUACAACUUGUUUGCCAACUAUGCAAAGAAAACUGGUAAAAAAGGUAGAGCUGCUUAUGCUAUUACUGGUUCUUGGUCUAAGAAAGCCAGCGAAGAAGCCGAAAGAUUAGGAUUUGAUAUCGAUAUUGUUGUUAAUACAAAGGCUGACAAUUUCGGUAAUACCCCACCAUAUUCAGAAUGGAAACCAAUUGCUAAGGACACUGCUUAUUUGUAUGUCUGUGUAUAA